AUGCUGCGGCGCAGCCACAAGAAGUCCCGGGAUGGGUGUGUGGAAUGCAAGCGACGGCACGUCAAGUGCGACGAACAGCGGCCAAGAUGCCUACUAUGCACCAUGUCAAGCCGGGAAUGCAGCUUUGCAUCGGAAGCCCUAACACCAGCAGAGCCGUCCUCCACGGCUCUCAGAAGCCCAAGACCCUCUCCUUCUUGGGAUCAGAAUGAAGGGCAGGGUAAUGCUCGCGCCCAGAGCAUAGAAGACCCGAUAAACCUCCAACACACCGAACUCCUCAUCCAUCUGACCUCUUCCCGAGCGACAGAUGUAUUCAGUCUCGGCGACGGCUUCGAGCCUUAUCAGGCGACUGUGUCAGUGGUACUUGGCAUUGGGCUGACCUCGCCGUAUCUUCUCUACCAACUGCUCGCCUUCUCAGCAAGACACCUGGCGUACCUACGCCCCGACAAGAGAGCAUACCAUCUGCAUCAAGCGACCAGCCUGCAAACACAGGCACUCUCGCUGUUUAACGCAGGGAAAGUCCAGAUCACUGCGUCUAACUGUGUCGCGGUUUGUCUUUUCUCGGUUGUUCUAGGUCACCAUCUUCUAACCGAUACGCUUACCCUCGCGCUAUCAGUAAGCGAUCAGCCUCCAGGCUGCCGUGGCAUUGGCUUAGAUUCGUUCUUGAAUCGUUACAUCCAGUGCCUCGAGACGCAUCGAGGGGUGUACACGGUGGCCAUGGGUGGUUGGCCCCUUCUCAUGGAGACAGAGCUCGCUCCGGUCCUAUCGCGAAGCCGGGCUUUCACGUCACAAGAGCCGAAAGGCGAUGAGUGUCAACAGUUGCAAGCCCUGAUCGUCAGCUCAGUCAGUCUCGAGCAGGAAGAGAAGGAGGCAUGUCAGCAGGCAAUCAGAUACUUGCAACUCGGGUUCGAUGCUCUUUCCACGGGGGAGAACGAGAAUAUGCGCUAUCAGAUGCUCUUUUUGUGGAAUGUACUUGUCCCGUCUGAGUUCAGUAGCUUGCUGGCGAAGAAGCGAGCACAGGCUCUUGUUAUCUUAGCUUACUACGCAUUGUUGCUGCACCACGGGCGACAUAUAUGGCAGGUCGGAGAGGCAGGGCAGCACAUCCUUGGGAUGAUCGAAGAGUAUCUCGGACCAGAGUGGAGUCCAUGGCUCGAGUAUCCUCGACUGGGUAUGAGGUUUGGGUAA